UGUUGCGCUAAUCCAGUUUUUGACUCCAGUCGUGCUGGUUUUAAACAUAUCGGCUGUUGUUCUUGCGUUCUUUUGGAACUAGCCACAAAAAUUCUCCUUUUCCCCCGCCCAUCUAUAUUUUCAGCGUCACACUAUCGAUUAAUCUCAUCAAGAAAUGCAGUUGAAGAUGAGGACUUAAGACGAACGGCACAGACAGCUGGACAGACCAGAUAUAAACAUGUGGAGUGCCCCAGGAAUUAACAAUCCACCGAUGGGAUUGGGAAUGAAUGCAAAAAAUACACAACUCUGUCCUCCUUAUCUCAGCUUUGGCAGUGGAAUGUCAACAGCUGGGCAUAAUGAUUCAGAUGGACAAAAAAUGAGGGAGGAUGAAGAGGACCCAGAGCUGGCAAGGAAACGGAAAGAACUUCAAGAGAUUGAAGAACAAAUUAUAUUAAAGAAAGCUGCCCUUUAUCUGAAACAAGGCAACACGUUUAUGGAUGACACAGCAUCCUGUGGGGUUCGUGAUAAACGUGUGGCCCAUAACACACCAGACACAUCUGGAAUUCAUGCUUUUUCAAGGCAUUCAAAUGAAGAUGGAGGAAGAGCAUUUUUUUGUCAUAAAGGUGCACCUCUAAGAGACAGAGUGAAAUCAGUUUUGCAGAAAAAGCAUACUGACGACUAUUUCACAAAGAUGCAGUUCAAGACAGCCGAAGAGACUAUGAACUCAUUCAGCCAGAGUAAAGAUGGUUUGAUGAAGGAAGAACAUCCACUAAGACGAAGAGUGCAUGAGUUAAUGAGGCGGAUGUUAAGUCACGUCAGUGAAAUUCCUGCAAAUCGGGAGGUUGCUGAUAUCUCACAGGCUCCUCCAAGCCAAAGUCUUCAUCCAGCAGUUCAGGAGAGCAUCUUUAUCAACAAGGGAUUCCAGCGCUUCCUCACUGUGCUCAACCAAGGAGUAGACAUAAAUUUACUUAGUAAGAUUGUCAAUGAUGACACUCGGGACCUUCCUGUGAGGGAUGAUCAACCACCUGCUGUGGAGAAGAAGUCUGACCUGUCAAACAGAACUGAGUGGAGUGACAAGCCACCAUCUCACAGUGGAGCACAAUGGCAAGACUACAGACAGACCAACAGUGGAGAGAGCAAAACUGAACCGGCCAGCAGAGAGCAAUCCAACAAGAAAAGAAUAUCCAAGGCAGAUGAGAAGAAGGAUAAGGGAGGCCCUUUGGGUUCUUCACCAUCCACCACUGGAGGAAUAUCCAAGACAGAUGAGAAGAAAGAUAAGGACGGCCAUUUGGGUUCUCUACCAUCCACCAAGAAACGACUAUCCAAGGAAGAUGAGAAGAAAGAUAAAAGAGGUCAUUUGGGUUCUCCACUAUCCAAUAAGAAAGGACUAUCCAAGGCAGAUGAGAAGAAAGAUAAAAGAGGUCAUUUGGGUUCUCCACUAUCCAACAAGAAAGGAAUAUCCAAGGCAGAUGAGAAGAAAGAUAAGGGAGGCCAUUUGGGUUCUCCACUAUCCAACAAGAAAGGACUAUCCAAGGCAGAUGAGAAGAAAGAUAAAAGAGGUCAUUUGGGUUCUAGCAGUCAGUCACAGUCUUCACCAUCCAGCAAGAAAGGAAUAUCCAAGGCAGAUGAGAAGAAGUGGAGUGACAAGCCACCAUUCGAACAAUGGCAGGACCACAGACACACCAAGAGUGCAGAGAAGAAAACCAAACUGGCCAGCAGAGAGCAACCCAACAAGAAAGUAUUAUCCAAGGCAGAUGCGAAGAAUGAGAGAAGAAGCAGUUUCAGUCGUAGCAGUCGGUCACAGUCUUCACCAUCCAACAACAAAGGAAUGUCCAAGAUAGAUGAGAAAGAUAGAAUAGUCAGUUUGAGUCGUAGCAGUCCGCCACAGUCUUCACUGUAUAACAACAAAGGCAUUUUGAAGGCAGAUGAAAAGGAAGAUGAAGACCGUAUUGGCUCGAGAUGUAGGUCACGGUCUUCCGCAGCAGUGGACCAUGUAGAGAAGGUGGAUAUUCAUCAAAAACAGCUCCAGAACAUCCUUAAAACUCUAGGCCUGAACUUAGAACCAGAAGAAAUGAGUAGACUUACAGAUCGCACUCAGGAAAGGCUGUAUGGGAAGAAGAUUGAUGACAAACAGAUGGAUAACAGCAGACAAGAGCAAGAGUAUAAGCAAAGGAGCCCAAAGAGACGCAGGAGUUCUUCAUCUUCCUCUUCCAGCUCAGAUAUUUAUCGCGGAUUAAGUCCAGCUAGCAGUGACUCUGGGGAACAAGGACAAAGUUCAGACUCUAGCAGCUCAAGAACCAUACCAACAUUUCAAGAGAGCAAACAAGUGCAGCAAGGCAUUCUCAGAGACCAAGAUAGAGUAGGCUUCAAAGAAAUUCCUAGUCACCACCCAUAUACAGAAAGCCAAAUUUACUCCAUUCCCCUGUCUCAUGUGUUGACAAACUAUGGUAUGGCCCACUACUCUCAGCAUCCCUACCUUAGUGGUACUUACAACAGAGAUUUAAACCUGGGAUAUACCCAGGAUGCCUUGUCUUCCUGGUAUUAUCUCAACAGAUACCAUUACCCUCAGAAUCUCAAUGCCCUCACUUUUGGAGCACCUUCUGCAGGCAGUAUAUUUGACACUAGCCUGAUGGUUAACCCUGACCUCUCUAUGAGUGAGGGCCAAAGUGGAAUGUUAUCCGGCCCUCGCUAUAUACAGACCAUCGAUACUCAGCAUGACCUCACACAGAGGCAUUGGAUAAUGCCAGGGUACGAAGUAAAAAGCCAAGAAGGAAAACAAAUGGAGAAAGAGAAGGGUGUACAACAAUGUACAACAUCCGAUUCAGGUAUGGAGGUUCCUGAGAACACAGAUAAAAUGGUCUCAGAAUCACCAGUGUUAGAAGUCAAAGAGCAACCUACUCAGCCUCGACAGGAAGACAAACGGCAACCAACUCAGCCUCGACAGGAAGACAAACGGCAACCAACUCAGCCUCGACAGGAAGACAAAGGGCAACCAACUCAGCCUCGACAGGAAGACAAAGGGCAACCAACUGGGUCUCAACUGAAAAUCAAAGAGGAACCAACUGGGCCUCAACAGGAAGACAAAUGGCAACCAACUCGGCCUCGACAGGAGGACAAAGGGCAACCAACUGGGCCUCAACAGGAAGACAAAGGGCAACCAACACUGCCUCAACAGGCAGACAAAGGGCAACCAACUGGGCCUUCACUGGAAGAUAAACUGAAACAACUGAGAGAGAAGGAAAUAAAGGCAAACCUGAAGAGGACGCUCGACGUAUUUAACCAGAUGGUGAAGCAAAGAUUCACAACAGCCAGAAACUCCCUUACCUGAAAGACUGCCCAGAAUCUGUGCAGAAUCUUGUGGAUGCAUUUGAUCUGAACCACCUUUAAACCUGUAGUUUUCCAAAAUCAUUUGGCCAUGUGUGUGUCAACUUUUGACCCAGUUUUUACUGAAUCAUGCUGAAAUACUAAAGUAAAAAAAAAUUGGGGGGGGGAAGAUAAUAUUCAUGUUUGUAUUAUUUUCUGUUUUAGGUUGAUGUUUUGCCUGUUUUAUGUCUAAAGUGUUUCUGCCUAAAAUACUUUUAAUGUCUGACUUUCUUGAUGUAAAACUUGCGUUCAGACAUAAA